AUGGAAGAAUGGGAAAAAUUUGUAGAUCAUUACGAAAUAAAUAACGAUUGCAACAAGGUUUGUUUGGCAUUAAAAAGAGCGAAAGUUGUUUUGGAAGAAGAUUUGGCUCCAUUUGAGUCAGAAUGGAUAUUCUCAACACUCUUCCAAAAUCCUGUUAAUUUGUUUGAUGUGGUCUACAAGCGAUGGUCAGAUGAAGAGUAUUCUAAAGCUACAAUAGAUGCUUUGAAAUUAUUGGAUGAUGCUGUACUUAAAUAUGAUAAUAUAGAAAAAUAUUAUGAAGAUAUUGUACAGCUUUGCCUUCUUCCAUAUCCGACAACUCAACGUCACAGUGCUCUGGCUUGUCUCACACAAGUUGCUCGGAGAUCUGUUUGUGGAGCGAGACAUUAUAAUAAACAUGUUUCCUCUUUACACCAGGGAGUGUGUAUGACGCCACUGGUAACUCUCAUAGGUGUUACAUGUGAGUUUCACCCGCACGUGGUCUCCGCAGACGUGAACAACAUCUGGAGAGUAUUCCUCAACAUACUGGACUCAAAUAAGUACUCGGGUACUGUUAUGAAAGCGGUACUUCAAGCUAUUCUGGGUUUAUUCAAGAACUUCGGCGAGGAUCUACCAUCGGGGGAAUUGAUCAGGUUCUACGACCAGCUAGUGAGACACUUCGAAACUUGUCAAACAGUAUGUAUCAAGAUCCUGACCCACCACGCCGGUCUGUUCUUCACGUGCGUAACCCGCGACGCUCGCACGCGCGCCCUCUUGUGGAAGUUGCGGGCGAGCGACGCACUGAUAGCUGUGUAUAAAGUCUGUGAUAAGGAGGUUCUACAAGAAGUAAAGCCUUACGCCACAUCAGCUGAUUACCGGGAGAGGUUCACCGCCUUCCGUAUCCUGGGGGAGCAGGCGCCUGGUCUGGAACUACAGGAAUUAGAGUAUCAGCUGAGAAACGGAAACGUGGACUAUGAAUUGUGUGAAGGAAUAUCGUGGUGCAUACAGACAAACACACCUUCCAUCCACCGCUUGCUCCACGCCACCAUCGUGUUAUAUGACUCUUUACCAAAAAACAAACGACCAGAAGUUAUAAAAUCCUUGAUGAACUCACACACGGACGUUGUCAAAGCUUCAAUAACGAUUAUUAUAACGGAAAUAAUGAAAGAUCAGAAGUUGUCUAUCUGGAGCGACAUACUGUCUAGUGAGGACAAUCAUAGCGUUGUAUUUGAAAUUAUAGAAAACUACAUUAAUAUGAUGCUGGAGGGUCUAGAAGAAUCUAUGGAAGGGCCUCCUCUAAGCUCACUGCUACCUCUCCUCAUGUCGUUGCCGCCAGUUCCUCUUAAGAUCCGUCACCUGCCUGAGUCGUGUCGUCACACCACUGCGCUACUCGGAGCAUUCAGCGGCAGAUUACAGAGUAAUUCACUAAGCCAAUGUACAGAUGACGUGAAAUUGAAAUGCAGUUUAGUAGUUCUGGGUUUGAUGGAUCAACAUACAUAUCCAGAAACAGAAAUACUGACAGCCCUGAGGACGAUAAUCUCCUGUAAUGGUAGUGAGGCGGCCAUUUUAAGUAAGGCUGUGAACACACUGGACUCAUUUGUGAUUAAUCAUUGUAUUGAGGAUUUUGUACUGGCUGAGAUUAUAAAUAAUUUGAAUAUUAUAAGCAGACAGACGGACAGGACUAAGAAGGAUCACAGAAUAUUAUAUAGAGAUAUAUUUAUGUUCGUUGGUAAAUUCGAGAAGCCGGUUUAUAAUAACUAUGAAGUUAACUAUCUUAUAUCACAGUUAAAAUCUAACCUCACAGUAGACUUACCAUAUGAGGGUGGUAGCGUGAAGUUAAAUUUGAGCCGUAUGCUCUGUAACGCCCUACUAUGGGAGGACAAAGAAGCUUUGAACCUACUCCUGACGAUAUUAUGUGCUAACAUGUCCACCUGCCCCGCUCCACCUCUCACCCGCGUGUUACUCCGUGUGUGUGUUUGUUUGUCACGCCACAAGGUGUCAUCUCGUGUCGUGGCCGCUCUUAGUAUGAUGGAUGAAGGAUCGAGUGAACUCAUACAGUGUAUCAUCAAUGAGUCGUCUUCAGAGUCGCGAACUACACUCAUCGAGGGUCUGGAACUGAUGAUAAAGAAACAUCCAGGAACAUUGGAACAUGUACUGGAGAAGGUUGUGUGCGGUGAAGGAAAUUUUAUAAAUAAUGAGAACUGUAUCAAAAUUGAUAAAACUAUUGCAUUUAUUAAGAAUAUAUUAAAUGAAAAGAAAAUGGAUAUUAAUAUGUUUGUAAGUGACGCGCUGGGUUUGAGGGUGCUCGUGGCAAUGAAGGAAUGCUUCGAUUUUGAUGAAACUAUGACCAAUGCGGUUGUUGAAGCCGCGAAAAGGAUAGAUGGAAAUGGCUCAGAAUUGGAAAUUGUCUUGAAGUUUUUGUCAGUUUUCUCAGAAAUUGUAUUGCAAGAAAACUAUCAGGCUACCCUAACGUUAUUAUCAAACGUCAUAGACAAUACAACAGCAACACAGAUUAUAAAAACUGGCAAAUACUUCCUGAUGUGUGUGCAGUCGGUUAAAAAGAAUCUUGGUUCAAUACCGGAGGUUAUAAUAAAUAAAUUAAUGAACUUCAUUAAAAAUAACGAUGUACAUAAACUAUCAGAAAACAUAAGAAAAUAUGGCUUGAACCAUAAUGAUGAAGCUAUCAUUCGAUCGGUCAGAGUUGUUAUAGAGGCUUGUGAUGGAUUGGUUUUGAGCAAAUCCGAUGAUUUUAUAGUCUCGUGGAAGGAUAUGUUUUAUGGUUUCUUUGAUUCUCACGUCAUGAUGUGGUUGAAGACCAGGUAUGAAGUUCUGUCAGAUAUGACGUACGUCGCCUUGAAGUAUAUGGAUGAAGUGGAAAUUAAGAAUAUACUCACGAAAGGUCCAGAUGACACCGGUAUAAAGUUCGCAUCUUCCUUAAUAUCCGUGUUCUAUCCAUACUUGACUACAGCACUUCUAAAGACUUGUAGUGUGUUGUUGUAUGAUGUAGUGCGUCAUGCGAACAGGAGGGGGCGGAGGGGGGAGGCUGAUGACGUCAUACAACAGAUUUGGCCGCACUACGAAAAAAUAGCGACAAACAAACAGAAACAACAGUUCUAUAUGGAGUGUCUCCCCGGAGUGAGGAGUGAGGAGUGUGUGGUGUACAGACGACUCGUGGAACUGGUGAAGGGUGAUGAAGACUUGGAGACGAAGAUCAUGAUGAUGGAUGUACUACCGAAGGGGGAACUAUACGGUUCCCUCCCUCUUUUGUUAUUCCCCCUCCUUCCCUCCCGCCUGUGGGAGCUCCGUGGCUCGUUGGCCAACUGUUUCAGAUCUAUACUCGACGCGCUGGCUACAAACAUACACACAGACGUACUGAGAGCGGUCGCCAUACUAGCAUCCACGGACCCUACUCCCGGCUGGUGGGACUUUGCCCUCGACUCGUGUAUGAAGUCCCUAGCGAGGGCGGAGCACCCCGGCCUGUUGCAGACCCUCUAUGAUAUAUGUAUUAACCUCGAACACAGCGCUUUCACCAGACUUAUGAUCCCUUUAUUGAGGUACUCGAAGUCGCCUGCCGUGGAGUCAUUCGUGAGUCCCCUACUCCCCGGGUUCCUCUCGUGUCUGAGUCACCGACCGCGCGCUUCAAAUGUUCGCGUGAACCGAAAGUGUCUCAUUGAACAGAUGCGAGUCUUCAAUAUAUUAGAGAUCGUAUUCCAAAAGGUUCCAAAACAGCACAUAGAGUCGCCCCGGUCCCUCCUGUACAGUCAUCUCUCCGUGGACUCUCUCUCUCUCUUCUAUCUCGUCUCUACCGUGUGUAAGCUGUGUGUGGCGACGAGGAGCAUACACGACAAGACAGGAGUGGAGAACGAAUACAGAUUAUUUCAACUCGCUAACUUCUCGUGUCUGUCGUCGGCCCUCCUGUGUCGUGAGUGUCGUGCUCCAGUGUACCGCUGUGUGUUUGAUGUCAAGCUGUGGAGCGAGCUGGUCUGCGAGGAAGUGUCUGCUCUCAAGACUCACUGGGGUCACCGUGUCACUCGGUACGCCCCGUCGGUCCCGUCUGUCCCGUCCGUCCCGUCCCGCUUACCCUCCAACAGCCCCAGUCUUCGUUCCCGCGUGUUCCUGAGGACGCUCUCCGAGAAUCCGUGCAUGUAUGACCUCGUGGAGGAAGAAAAGGAGGAAGUAUCAACAGAGUUCUAUCUCCCGGACAACUCUCUCAACCGUCAACCCUGUCUGCCUUACAUCAUGUCGCUGUUGAGUACAGUGGGAGGGAUGCCAGUGGAGGGGACGGCUUGGGCGGGGUCAGUGACCUCGGCGCUCCGGGGGGAGAGACGGGUCGCCAGGGUUAUAGCACAGGCGGUAUGCAAUGUUCGGGGGUCAUUGACCUCACACGCGGGAGCGUUAGUUCCCCCACUACUGUCUCUCAUCACGGACGGACCCGUGGAUCAACUUUAUAUCGAUAUUUUGGACACAAUAAUAAAUUGGAAAGUCGAAAUAAAUGAUCAAGAAUGUUUAGAAGGUGUGGUCAUGAGUUUAAUAUCUAACGUUGUGGAGAAACAUACAGACAGAACGAUGAUGGACAGACUUGUACAAUUAUUAGAUAUAUAUGGAAAUAUAGUCACUAUACCGUGGAAGUGCUUGGAAAAAUAUUUUACAGAUGCUAGCGAUAACAAACUCACGACCUGCCUCAAGAUCUUGAACCGCGUCAAUUUAUACGUACCGGAGUUAUUACCCGCCAUCCCACGGCUCGUGGCGCGGCGGGUGACGCUCUUAUGGUCAGUGUACGGACGAGCCAUGAGGGUCAUGAAGGAGAGGGGACUGGACGCAAGAGAGGAAGUGGAGAGAUGUCGCGGUCUGUUAGACCGUCUUCGUCGUAGCGACGUGUCAGACUACAUCAAGGCUCUGUACUACAUACAGAAAGACUACCCUGACGUGUGUGACUACAAACAGUUCAGAUGUAUCAGCGACCUCAUCCCUAAGAUUCCUCAUCGUGAGCGUCCCCGCUGUCUCUCAAUAUUAUCUUCAUACAUGACUCACGGCGGCCGCGGAGACUUUACUGUACUGGAAACGAUAGAGCUCGAGAAAAUGAUAGACACGAAACAAGGAGUGGAACUGGCUACAUCCGCCCUCCACGUGAUGUCCCCCCCCUUCAGACAGCGCGUGUUGUCAGCGGCGCAGUCCGCGGGGCCCGGGGCCGCCGUGUACCCGCUCAUUAUGAGGGCCUUUGAAUUGCAGAGAUCGUCCGAGGAGCCGAGUAUGAAGCGGCCCGCCAGGCCUCAGCUCCCGGAACACAACACUAUGAGAGGCCUCGCGCGGGGCCUGGCUGGGGGCCUGCGGGGACUACGGGGCCUCAGCUCGGACCUAACACUGAGACUGUUCGAGUGUAUAUUAUUAUGUGUGGUGGUACCUCUCACUGAUUGUGUCCGUGUGUCGCUGGUGACGGUGUUGGAGCUGUUCCUGCAGGAUGUACGGGAACAGGGAACAUUCAGAAACAGUAGAAUAUAUGAUAUUGAUAUACGUGCUCCAUCGAACACAGUGACCGGGAUUCAAACCAGUACAGAUUUAAAUCAAGAUGAAAAACACAUAAGUUUGGAAGAAGUCAUAGAAAAAAUACUACAAUUUGCUCGAAAAGACGAUGAUUUUUGUACGUCGUUGAUCGUCCAGUUAAUACAUCAGUAUGGUACAGUCGGUCCCGGGUUCGAUUUCCACGGCAGCAUGUCGUCUCAUAUAAUCAAUUGCAUCAAAAUCAGUCCAGUCGCUGCUAGCGUUGUUGAAAUUGCGAGACAAAUAGAUGUUUGGCAAGAUAUAGAUUUAUGUAAACUAACUGAUUUAGUUACCUCGUCUUUGAGUUCUGAAGGCGAGGGUGUGUGCAGACUUAUAUAUGAGGAUGUUCUUCUUAGGAGGGGAGAAGAAAUGUUUGUUUUGGGACAAAAUAAACCCUGGGAUGAAGAAAUGCCCGUGGUCAAUAACAAAUUCUCAAUGGAAGAUCUCAUAUCAAGUUUCGGUAAACUAUCCAACUGGGACGAGCUCACCUCUCACCAACAGACACACGUAUCUGCUAAACUACCUCCUCUGUGGACGGACAGACAGACGUUCAAGAUGUGUGUAGAUAGAUACGACUUCACUGACGCGCCAUUUUGGACGAAGUGUUUAGUAUCUAAAUACAAGGAGCAAGACAUACACACAUACAAAAUAUUAAAAGAAUUAGAUCAAUGGCCGAAGAGGCAGUUUGAUAUCGGCGCAGUAUUAACCCAGCAGUGGGAAGUGACAAAAGAUGAUAUGAACAAUGACUGCCUCGCCAAGUGGGCCUUCAGAGUUAUGAUGAGGUCUCUACACAGUAUCAGUUCCAGCGGUCCGUCUCCCUCCCAGAUGUUGUGGACGAGGAGAGCCAACUACAUGAACAUGUACAGACAGGUGUUGAAGUGCUGCGAGGGAGUCGUCACAAACAACGAUCCAAUAUCGUUAGAAAUGAAACAUCAAGAAUUGCUAGCCCUGAGGGGGAUGGCGUUACAAUCAAACGAUAGACGAGCUCUAGAGAAUGUGUUGGAGAGAACAGAAUCUAUAAUUCAAUUCGGUAGUGAUCAGAGUUUCGAAGAUAUGUUGCGUGUGUACGAUUUGAAUUUGAAUCUAAGACGAGAUUUGAACUCCGUGGAUCGAGUUAACAUGGAGUCGAUCGUGAAAUACGUGUUGGGAGACGUUAAUAACGUUAAAAACAACGUGACCAGGAACCUCGACACGUUAUGUUUGUUGGGAAUAACUUGUGUCAAUACUAUGUUUGAGAACAGCACAGUCAUUUUCCAAUUAGACCAACACACACAUCUAUAUCUAAAUCUACAUCUCUCUUCUCAGCUCCAACCCCUCAUGUCGUCAAUGGACCACUUCUCCGUGUCCCAGCUCGUGUCCAAGCGUCACCUCUUCUCUCCUCACCCCGCGCUGCUCGAGCUGCAUCAAAACCAGCUCAGCUGUGACAAAUACAAGCAGUGUCUUAGCUUAGUGGCUGACCCCGUGUGGUUAUUGAAACAAUACGUAGGAACGAUGUUAGCUGCGGUACAAACAGAAGAUGAACUGAAAUACAAGCAGACAUACAAUAAUAUGAAACAGCGGAUCUUUGACAAUCUAUAUAGAGGAGCCGACUACACCGUACUCAAUAAAUAUAACAAACUACUGGAAGGCUGUGACGGGUUUGGGACCGACAUACACACGUUACAGCGUGUCUUAAAGGACGUACACACAGAACUACAGUCCAACAAGAGCCGCCUCUCUCUAAAAGACAUCUGUCCGACUCUGUUAGAGGAGAAACAGAGUCAGUCACUGGAUAAACUGCUGGGACUGAAAGACGGAGUGUCCGUGUACCGUGACGCGGUGUCCCGGCCCCUCCUACUCAGCUACGUAUCAUCAGACGGCCUCACUGGUCGUUGUAUCAUAAAGACCGAGGGUGAGUGUCACGGGGCCGCGGUCCGGGUCCGAGGAGGCCUGGAGCGGGCCUGGGGGAUACCAAGGGGAUAUAAGGUGACGCCGCUCACUACCGACUGUCUCCUGAUUGAAUACUUAGAGAAUAACACGCGACUCCGAGACAUGGUGCGCGAUGGAGGUGGAGAUGCCGCUGCCUUCCGGACCGCCGACGAGAAUCUCAUACUAAACGUGCCUCAAGCAUUAUCACAGUUUGAGUUGUUAACAAAGAGUGUGCCUUCCACUUCACUACGGUCAUCUAUCGAGUCAGGAUGUCUCACCUUAGAGGAGUUCAUAACAAAGAGGACGGCCUUCACCGACUCACUGUGUCAUAUGACACUGUUCAGCUAUAUAUGUGGUCUAUCAGACCGUCACUUACAGAACAUCCUGUAUGACCCGGUCCGUGGCACCGUCUGUGCUGUGGACUGCGGCGCCCUACAGCAACAUGAGAUACCGCCCGCUAGACUCACGAGGAACCUGCUAGCGGUCUGUCGGACCGACGUUCUGGAAGCUCGUCUUCAACAUCUGUUGUUGAAAAUACGGGAACAUGAAGGAAUAAUACUACCGACAGUGAAUAUAGCGUUUAAGAAAUGUGGACACCGGGAUAAGUUACCAGCUAUACGUGGCAAGAUCCAGGGUCACCUUCUCCAACACAAGGUCACUAAUUAUUGGAUGCAGAGGUCAGAGGUCAAAUAUAAAGAGAAAUACAUGGAGCUACUGGAUGAGGUCUUCGGAACAGAUGAUAAGUGCUCAUAUAGUGUUGAAGAACAGCUCUGCUCGUUUUCCAAUACUGACCCGAUCGUGUGCUGUGUGGAGAACGCACCGACGACACAGAGACCACAAAUAUUAACAACCAGGAGGUUCACGACCACAACUGAGUAUAUACCACCAGAAGAGGACUACGUUUUAACAAAUAGUAAUAUUAAAGGAACGGAUCAGUGUGAGCCGAUUCUGGCUAAUCAGACGGCGUCGAAAUCUGGACAAAAAGCUUGGGACAAAUGUAUUGAAUAUCAACAAAAGCUGAUAUUCCCUUGCGAGAGAGGCGUUACCCUGACGGGAGCCAUGAGUCGUGGUAACAAGUGUCACCACGACGCCAACCAGCUUAUCGUUGGUGGAGUAGAAGCCAGUGAGAAUGAAUUUCCACAUAUGGCUCUCCUCGGUUAUGGAAAGGAUACUUCUAGCAUCCAAUGGCUCUGCGGAGGUUCACUGAUUAGCGAGAGAUUCGUAUUGACAGCAGGACAUUGCACUUCAAGCAGAGAAGCAGGUAUAGUAAAGUACAUUCGUCUCGGUGCCCUUCGCCGCACCGACCCUCUAGGGCCGGAUCAGCUGUUCACAGUCAGUGAGAUCAUCAAGCAUAAAGACUUCCACCCACCAAACAGAUACAACGACAUCGCGCUACUGAAGAUGGACAGAGAUGCUGUUCUGUCGGAGUUCUUGGUGCCGGCUUGUUUGGAUGUGAGAGCUCCCGGGGACUACAGCCGGGUGCUGGCUACGGGCUGGGGAGCCACCAAGAACCGGGGGGCGAACGCUGAUCAGUUACAGAAGGUCAUACUCCAAGAGUUCACAACUGAGGAGUGUUCCCAGAUGUUCACAGCCAGUCGCCUCAUGAAGCAAGGCUUCGACGGAAACACACAAAUCUGUUACGGAGAUAAGGAAAUGUCCAAGGAUACUUGUCAGGGCGACAGUGGCGGUCCCAUACAAAUAAAGAGUAAGCUGCUUCAUUGUAUGUACACCGUGGUAGGAGUGACUUCAUUCGGUCGAGUCUGCGGCUAUGUAGGUGAGCCGGGGAUGUACACAAAGGUUUCAGCAUUCGUACCCUGGAUAGAGAGUGUCGUCUGGCCAUAA